GAAUGGUAAAACUGGGAAUCAGAUACUUCCUGCUACAACAAUGGCUUCUCCCACUAUAUAAACACUACAAAAAUGUCUUGGCGUCUGCCGCUAUAUAAAAUCGGUCCUUUCUUGAAAUCAAGUUGAUCAGUUUUUGGCAUCAUCUUAGCAUUGACGGGGAUGGACAGGAGGGACCAAGGAAGCGAAAUAAAGAAGCCGAGGGACCAGGGAAGCGAGAUAAAGAAGAGGAUCGUCGUUGGUUCAUGGGGUGGUCAUGGUGGAAGCCCAUGGGAUGAUGGCAGUUUCAAUGGAGUGAGAGAAAUUACACUUGUCUAUUCUCUUUGUAUAGACUCCAUCAUUGUGGUCUAUGACCAAAAUGGCCAGCCUUAUCGAGCAGCGAAGCAUGGAGGAGUUGGAGGCAGUAAAACAGCACAGAUUAAGCUGCAAUUUCCAGAAGAAUACCUAACGAGCGUGAGCGGCUACUAUUCCCCGGUGGUGUAUGGUGGCACUCCUGUGAUAAGAUCCCUCACUUUUUGCAGCAACAAAAGAAAAUUUGGACCAUUUGGAGUUGAAGAAGGAACACCAUUUUCAAUGCCAAUGGAAGGUGGCCAGAUUGUAGGCUUUAAGGGAAGAAGUGGGUGGUAUUUAGAUGCUAUUGGCUUCUAUAUUGCUAAAGUAAAGACAACUACGGUCUUACAGCAGGCUCAAAAAAGUCUCAUGAAACUUGCAUCUUCUGUAUCUAUGAACUACAGAUAUGGAGAUGAACCAAAAAAGAAGUCCUAUUUUUUCAAACCAAGUAUUCCAAAAAAUGAGGCAUAAGGGAACAUGACCUCAAAAUUCGAAUCAAUCAACCUGGAUCCAAGCCAUCCAAAGAAGAAAGUUUACGUAGGGAAAUCUACUUAAAGUUUUGUAUUCAUUCAUAGCCUGUAACUCAAGUAUCUGUACUAAAAACAAUAAAGUAAAGACGAUGCUAAAUGGCCAUAAAACUUUGCCCAUAAUAUUAAAAAGUUUAUAACAGCCUUUUAAAA